CACCAGGAGCGGCGGGAGAGCACGCUGCGGCAGGAGGCCGGGCGCCCGGCCGCGGGCGCGCAGGUACCGGGCGGGGGCCUGUCCGCAGGGCGCGGCGGAGCUGCCUCCUUCUAGUCAGAGCCAAGGAAACGACAUUAAAAAGAAGGAAGGCGGGCCUGACAGUGAGGUGAAGAAUCCACCAAAUUUUGUGAAGGAAAGAUUGAAGCUUUUUGAAAUACUGAAGAAAGAUCAUCAGCUCUUACUUGCCAUUUAUGAAAAAAAGGGGAAUACAAGCAAUGUAAUCACAGUAAGAGUGGCUGAUGGGAAAACAGUGGAAGGAGAAGCUUGGAAAACAACACCUUACCAAGUGGCUGCUGAAAUUAGUCAGGAGCUGGCGGAAAGCACAGUGAUAGCCAAAGUGAAUGGGGAGCUGUGGGACCUGGACCGUCCGCUGGAAGGGGACUCCACCCUAGAGCUGCUCAUGUUUGAGGACAAGGAAGCCCAAGCUGUGUACUGGCACUCCAGUGCCCACGUCCUCGGGGAAGCCCUGGAGCUCCACUACGGGGGCCUCCUGUGCUGCGGGCCACCCACCGACUGCGGGUUCUACUACGACAUGUUCCUCGAAGACAGGGCCGUGUCCAGCACAGAGCUGCCAGCACUGGAGAGUGCGUGCAAGGCCAUCAUCAAAGAGCAGCAGCCUUUCGAAAGGUUGGAAGUCAGCAAGGAGGCCCUGCUGGACCUUUUUAAGUACAAUAAAUUUAAAUGCCGCAUCCUGAAGGAGAUUAACAUGCCAACUACCACAGUUUACAGGUGUGGUCCACUAGUUGACCUUUGUAAAGGCCCCCAUGUAAGACACACUGGAAAAAUUAAAGCGAUAAAAAUUUUCAAGAAUUCCUCAACAUAUUGGGAGGAUAACCCUGAAAUGGAAACGCUGCAGAGGGUCUACGGGAUAUCCUUUCCUGAUGACCAGAUGAUGACAGCCUGGGAGAAGCUGCAGGAGGAGGCCAAGACCCAGGAUCACAAGAGGAUUGGGAAGGAACAAGAACUUUUCUUCUUCCAUGAUCUGAGUCCUGGAAGCUGUUUCUUUCUUCCCAGAGGAGCGUUCAUUUAUAAUACACUUAUGGAUUUCAUACGAGAGGAGUACCACCAACGCAGCUUCAUGGAGGUGCUCUCCCCCAACGUGUACAGCAGUAAGCUCUGGGAAACCUCUGGACACUGGCAGCAUUGCAGUGACAACAUGUUCACCUUUGACAUUGACAAGGACACUUUUGCCCUUAAGCCCAUGAAUUGUCCGGGGCACUGUCUGAUGUUUGCCCAUCGUCCACGAUCUUGGAGGGAAAUGCCUAUUAGAUUUGCUGACUUUGGAGCUCUUCAUAGGAAUGAGCCAUCAGGAACUUUGAGUGGCUUGACCUGCGUCAGGCGCUUCCAGCAGGAUGACGCUCACAUCUUCUGCACUGUGGAGCAGAUUGAAGAAGAAAUAAAAGGGUGUUUGCAGUUUUUGCAAUCCGUUUACUCAACAUUUGGCUUCUCCUUUCAAUUAAAUUUGUCAACAAGACCUGAGAACUUUCUAGGGGAGGUUGAGAUAUGGGAUGAAGCUGAAAAGCAACUACAGAAUAGCUUGAUGGAAUUUGGGAAACCAUGGAAGAUGAACCCGGGAAAUGGAGCAUUUUAUGGUCCUAAAAUUGAUAUAAAAAUCAAGGAUGCUAUUGGCAGAUACCAUCAGUGUGCUACAAUUCAGCUGGACUUCCAACUGCCUGUAAGAUUUAAUCUUACAUAUGUUAGUAAGGAUGGGGAUGAUAAGAAGAACCCUGUGAUCAUUCAUCGAGUCAUUUUGGGGUCAGUGGAAAGAAUGAUGGCCAUUCUCUCAGAACACUAUGGAGGAAAAUGGCCUUUCUGGCUGUCUCCUCGUCAGGUAAUGGUCAUCCCUGUGGAGCCAACUUGUGAAAAAUAUGCACUUCAGGUAUCCACUGAAUUUUUUGAAGAAGGAUUCAUGGCUGAUGUUGACUUAGAUCAUAGUUGUACACUAAGUAAGAAAAUACGAAAUGCACAGCUGGAUCAGUAUAAUUUUAUUUUGGUGGUUGGAGAAAAGGAAAAGACAAAUAAUGCCGUAAAUGUUCGAACAAGAGACAACAAAAUUCAUGGAGAGAUUUCAGUAACUUCUGCCAUUGAUAAAUUGAAGAAUCUCAAGAAAUCACGUACCCUGAAUGCUGAGGAAGAAUUCUGAAGUCCUUUCCUUGUGCUCACAUCUGUGUAACCUUGUUCUGAACCCUGAACAUGCAUUUUCCUUAAUUACCAUUCGUACUUCUGAGAACUUGGGACCCACUGUCUGGUCCACUGAUGGGCACAGUGAGAAGUGAGACGGGGAAUGAGUGGCUGAUAUGCACAAAAUCUGAUUCACUAAUGUGUCUGCAGACAAUGAGAGGACAAGUGUGGGAAAUUUUAAAUUUCCCAAAUAUCUUGAGAGACUUCAAUGGGAAAAUGUCGAGCAUCAAAGAGGGAAAUACUAGGAAAUGAGCAUUAUGAGAUGUUAUUGUUAAGAAUUGUGAUUUUCAAAAGAUAAGUUUCAAAUAAAAGUCUUCAAAGCUUUUUGAAUAUGGGGGGAAAUCUUAUUUUCUAAUAACAUUAUGUCUCAGGUAUUUUUUAACUCAAGUUUUACUAAAGUUCACACUGAAACUUUAUUUUUCUUAUUUUUGGCUACACCCCACAGCAUGUGGAACUUCCCUGACCAGGGAUCGAACCCAUGUCCCCUGAAGUAGAAACGUGGAGU